GUGGGAUUGGGACGAAGGGCGCCAGACGUUAUAUAAAAAAGGGGUGACCGUCUCGUUGCGACACGCUUGUUGUGGUAGCAGGGGGGGGGAAGAAGGAUCGUUGAGAGGGUUCUCUUUCCAUAUGUACGUAUUCUCCUUGCUUGUCAAUGACUUGCUGCUUGAGUCGACAUCCUUCAUAUUAUCACUGCUUGGCUGGCGGCUUGCUCGACAUUAUUGGUUGAUAUCUCUGCUUGGCUCGCGGAUUGCCCGAUAUCACCUCGUCGAUAUCUCUGCUUGACUGGCGGCGUGCUCGACAUUCUUUCACAUCUUUGCAGCUUUCGCUUGCCAGCGAAGAUGGCAUCUCGAGGCCUCGCAUUCUUACUGGUGGUGUGUUUGAUGCUGCAAGGUGUUUUCGCCUGGCCGGUUGUGCAGACCGGUGCCAGGGGAAGCACUGUGGUCGCCCUGCAGGACUUGCUGAAGGCACGCGGCUACGUACUUGCUGUCGACGGGAUCUUCGGGCCAAUCACCGCGAGUGCUGUCAUCAACUUCCAAAUUGCAAAUGGACUUGUGGCCACGGGAAUCGUGGGUCAGCUCACGUGGCCCAAGGUCAUCAUACUAGUGAAAUUCGGUAGCGUAGGGAAAGCAGUCCAUGCUGUCCAGUAUCUCUUGGUGUACAAGUACCGCUUUCUGGCAGGCGCUGGUAGCAUUGACAGUGUGUUUGGCCAGAAUACGAAGAAUGCUGUGAUUGCCUUUCAGUCUAACAAAGGAUUGGCUCGGGAUGGAAUAGUUGGUCCCAUAACCUGGCAAGCACUGGUCUCCUAGUCACGUGGGUGAGAGGAAUUGUCAAUCUGUCAGCGGAAGCGGUGGCCCCAACUCGGUUUUGAAUAGGCUUGUGUGGAGGUAUAGACCAAUCUUGUUCCGUUGUUCGGAAGGCAGGUGGGGUAGUUGCGAUGCGGAGGCAGCACCUAGAGACCAGUUUUCAACCUUAAAUUUCAUUAAAGUGCACUUUUGGCUUGCUGUUUUAUAUGUUUUUAAUUUUUGUUUUUCGGUUUUUUUCUUACAAUAAGUUAGUAAGAAGUGCACUCUACAGAUUGGUGUGAAGUAUGGUUAAAAUGACCCUUUGGUUUUCUUAUAAAUGGGGGUAAAAAUUGGGGGGUCGGUUAACCUUCUGUCACUUUAUGGGCAAGAAAUCUCAGUGAAACUUACCAACAUGAAGAGGAAGAAGAUUGCGGUGGCAUGGGCGGUGCGAUGGUACCCUGGCAGUCAAAUUGAAUCCUUCCCAGUUGGGAAGCAAUCAAUGCUACCACGGAUCAAUUUCCAUUGUGACGGUGGAGAUCAGUUAAACGAACGCUAGAUGGUCUACAUACAUCCAGCGACAUCGGGGAACGGCUGAUACAUUUCUCUAAGGAAUGGUUGGGCGGGGAACGAGAGGGAUGGGUAGCAGAAAUAUGCUGGUCAGGGGGAUGGGAAGAGGAGAAGGGGGAAGAAGGCAGCCAAAAAGAGGUGCCAAGGGAUUACUGCUUGAGAUUUAAAGAUUGGCUGACAAUAGACCCCAACAUCCCCAUGAGACCCGCAGAGGAGUUUCCAGAUCUGUAAUUGCGUCUGUAACUGACGAAUCCCUCAUACAUGUUGCACUCUGCUUGUCUUCCUGGUGGUUGUCUGGGUUGAGUGGUUAAUUUGUUAUCGUAGCUGGGAUCUUUAGUUUUCCUUCUGAUUGGCAUCGGAUGUGUGGCAGCAGGGGAGUUGAUGGGUGAGACAGGAAACCGGAAGGAAUAACCACUGGUGCCCCCCAGUGGCCCCUCCCUGAACCCUGUUAGGGUAUAGGAAGGAGGAGGGAGAAAGGUACCAUCUGGCCGUCUUUUCACACCUGCCCAGUCAAUCCUCUGAUCUCCAGAGCAAUCAAUGCUGGCAGGCAUUCAGGGCCCCACUGAUAGCAGGUUUGGUGGUCACUGGUGGCAGACUUUUUUUCAGCCUCUUCAAUAUUCUGUUCAGUGGCUGUUUUUUUUCCAGCGUUUUCAGUAACCUGCUCAGUCAAUCCCCUGGAAUCCAGGGUAAUCAAUGCUGGCAGGAACCCUCUAUAUUGUUUUCUGACUACAGUCUGUAUAUGGGACGCUGGACCCGUUUUCCAGCAGGUGACGCUCCCCACCAAUAGAUGGAGUCUCUCCCCAGGUGGUAGUGGUGUCUGCUCUUAUCAGCACCACUAUCACGG